AUGACACCCAAGUGGAGCGCGAAAGGGUGGAGACUUCAAGUGCCAAAGGGCAAAGACUUGGAGGUCCAACUUCGGUUUUAUGACGGUUUUGUCCAAGACAAAUCCCAUGAUGCUCGAUCAGUUCUGGAUGCCACGCCGAAGUCGCGUUGCAACUUUCACGUCGAGGCACAUACUUUGGAAGAGCGGUUUCCCUCUGCACACGUGUUGUCAGCUCCUAUGUUUCAACCACGGGAUGAAGCUUCUGAAGAAGAUCUAUGGGAAGAAAUUGGAGUCGUCACGCUGUCUAUUUGCUUGCCAAUCUCCUCAUACGUGGAGCUCGUCACGCCAGAAAAGUUGCAAGUGUCCUCCGGGUACCAGAGCUUUGCUGCGCUGACUCAGUUGGAAAAAUUGCGAAGCAUGAACCAGCAGGAGCGCAAAUCGCUCCAGUUUGUGGCAACGCGACUUUCUGCCAUGCAGCAGUGCCUCAAUGCUUGCAGUGCACAUCAUUCAGAGCUGUGGACAGAGCAAGAAUCGCAGCUGGCAGAAAUGAAUGAGUUGGAGCAAAAGCUCAAGCAUUUGCAAGAGCCUUACUUGACAGACUUGGACUUUGAGCUGAUGCUAUCUAUGUCUACAGGUGCCCAACAGAUCUCCCAACUCCUUCUGGGCGCCGAGCAGCGCUGGAGAAACGCCCGGGAGGAGGUGAUUGCGCGCUGGGCGGAGUACACCUCCUUGCGGGAGAAGCUGGGCGAGGUGAAACAGGUCGAGCAGCAUCUGAAGGAGUUUCAGCUGGUUCGAACGGAGCAAAGGACGCUUGGCAUUUUGUUGUGGUUGUGUCUUUUUUCUGUAGACUAG